AUGGUAGGCCUCUCGAAUGCAGAUGUUAGACUCACCAAAGAACUUUACAAGACACAACCAAUCGAGCACCAGGGUCUCCUGCGAUGCGCUUUGAACGGCACGCAGUACACAAAUGACGCCUUGUUCCAUGCGGGCAAGACCACAGAUGAUCGAUGCCGUUUUUGCGGAAAGGCAGACAGCCUUUUUCAUCGCCAUGUCGAAUGCAGCUUUUUCCAGGAUAUCCGACAGCAGCAUAUCAACCCAGAGCAUUUUCCAGACAUGCCAGCCUGCACUUGGUGUCACGGAUGGAUUCCCCAAGCCGCACACAAGCAAGCCUUCCGUAAAGCACUGCUCAACAUGCCAGAUACCACAGGUGAAUUUUUCCAUCCGCCCGAAGUAGAUGAUUCAAUCCAGACGCUUGACCUUUUCCUAGAUGGAAGUUGCAAGAGACCACACGAUCCUCACACAAGGAUUGCUAGUUGGGGUGUAGUUCAAUGGACAGGCAAGCUAUUUUGGAGCACCUCAUCCGGAGGGCUACCAGGAUGGAAGCAGACUAGCCUGAGAGCAGGGAUCACAGCAGCAGUUUCAGCCCUCAAGUACCUUGCCGCUGUCGGCCGACAGGGCAGGCUAUGGAUUGAUAAUCAACAAGUUUUUGACAUGCUCAGCAACUGGCACCAAGGAUUUGACCCGCCAGUCCAUAAGAAACAGGAUGCAGAUUUGUGGUGGUUGCUCCGCGACCAAUUCAGAUUUUCACAUCAGUUUCUUGCAGCGAUCCACAAAGUGCAAGCACAUGCUGACAAAGACAGCCAGCCCACAGAGGUAGACCAAUUUGCUGUUUGGGGAAACGAGAUGGCAGACAAAAGCGCAAAUGAUGCAUAUCAGAAUUUUCCACCUCGUCUGCAACAGAUUGUAGAUAGUUUGGUAACCGAACUUGCACAACUCCGAGCCUUUGGAAAAGCAUGGCACAGUGUCAUUGUUGCCAUAGGACAAAGAGUUUUAUCCACCACAAUGCCAACCAUCGAAGCACCACCACCAGAAGGGAUGACCAGUGCUUUUGCCACUGAAAUUGAUGCCAACCUUGCGUACGUGGCCGGGCUCUCCAGCGUAGACCUGCCCAAAAAGUUCCAAAUUGAAGAGCUCCCACAUGUCUUGGAAUGGAUGCAAACACUUGUAUCCUCAGCCUUGGCAGCGCUACAGGCCAUCACCUUGACAUUCAACAGCGACGGCCCAGUAGUCACGUACUGGCGUUCUGGUGCGGAGCCCUUCGAGUUUCUUUACCGGAGGCAUGAUGAUGACACCGAUGAGGAGCCAAAGCCGGCUCUUGAUCGCGCCCAGAUCAUGCUGAAGGUUCUGACCUCCCUUCAAGACCAGCAGCGUUCUGCGCGGGUGAAACCGGGCGCAACACACGACUGGCGACAGAAGCAACUGGCAGAUCGACAGGAGAAGUUGAGGACCUCUCGAUGUCUGGGCCCGACCCUGAAGAACCAACGCCAGCACGGCCGCGCGGUACCUUUGGCCGUGCGUGCAGGUGUUGUAGCAGUGCUGCGGCAGCUUUUUCCACACCGUUUUGAAGAUGAUGAAGUUCAAGUUCAGGUGGCUCGACCCUUGGUGUCCAAAGACGGGAUGCUGAAGUUGCCGCGCCUGGAGGCAGUGAUCUAUGGCAGAAAGGCACCCUUCAGUGGCUGCUGUGGCUGUUCACUGCUGAGCUUCUUCGACGCGGAAUGUGGUGUGGCUGUGAUCUGCACGCGCCAGACGUGUUGCAGCCCUGCGCUGCAGCUGCAGCCGCUGAGCCAACCACGACGGCUUCAGCUGUGGGGUCCCUUCCUAGCCUUGACGGGUGGAGUGCUGCCUCGACACAGACCUCCACCGGCCUCCUGUGUGGAGAAUGCCGUGGCGCCCGAGGACGGCGUGUCCAGCAUGGUUCCCCAACACUUGGCGCUUCUGGUGGAAAAUCCCUCGCCGAGCCCUGAGAUGAAAGGCUCCUCAGCUUCGCCUUCAGAGGGGGAGAGGGAAGAGCACGAGGACCUGCGCAGGGCAUCGGAAGAGGCCAUUGUGACUUACGAGGACAUGGUGCCAGAUGUGCCAUGUUCGCGACCAAACUGCGGCUCCAAGUCGACCCCACCACCGUCCCCCUGCGGACGAAGUGGUUCCGGCGCCUCGCCGCACACAUCGCCGGUGUCGACUCCGAGGCCAUUCGCCUCGGUCCCCGAGCCGAGGCGCUGCUUCAGUGAACGGGCUGCCCGCCUGGCUGAGGUGCGCAAGCGGCCCCAGAGCCAACUGAGGUACCACGUGCUGCCCAGGUGGCCGCAAAAGCCCUGGCGCCAAGCGGUUCCGGCAGCGCAGUGGGAGGGGGUCCUGGUGAUCGGUGCCGGUGUCUCUGGGCUCACUGCAGCACGGCAGGUGAAGGAUCAGCGACCAGAUGCAGAAGUCGUCCUGGAGGCGCGCGAGCGUCUCGGAGGCCGCGUUUGGUCCGAGAGCUUUAGCGAUGGCAGCACCAUCGAUCUGGGUGCCCACUUUCUGCAUGGGCUCUGUGAUGAGCAUCCCAUUGCCCAGAUCGCUAAGGACCACCCUGAGUGGGGCCAGUUGGUGGAGAUGGACUGGGACACAUGCCCCGACUUCGAGCAGGGCAGUGGCCAGCAGAUCAGUGAGCAGCAGCUGAAACGUUGCGAGGAGCUCUACGAAAAGACCUGGGACCUCUACGAGAGCGGCCAGAAGCAACGCAGGGCGCAGCUGGAGGAGGACAGGCCUCUCUGGGAGCAGCUGCAACGGGACUUCGACUGGUCGCAGCUGAGCACCACGGAACGGUCCAUGCUGCGGUGGCGCUGGGCGCGGGAAACGGAAUGGAUCUAUGCCGCGCCAAUGGAGGAGCUGAGUGCUCAAUGGUGGAACGAUGACGAGGAGUUCGAGGGACCUGACUGUAUGUGGCCUACGGGUUUUGUGAACUUCAUGGGAUGGUUGUCCGAGGGCCUGGAUAUCCGCCUCGGCUGCCCCGUGGCCCGUGUGGUCAGCGGCGAGAAAAAGAGCGUCACGGUGCACUGCGCCGAUGGGGCCGUCUUCGUUGCGGAGGUCGUAAUCGUGACGCUUCCUUUGGGUGUGCUAAAGGCUGGCGCCGUGGAGUUUAUUCCCCCUCUGAGUGCCAAGAAGCAGGCAGCGAUACAAUCGGUUGGUAUGGCGCUGCUGAAUAAGGUGGCCUUGCGCUUCCAGGAGCCCUUCUGGCCACAGGAGAUCUGUGGUUUCAACCAUGUGCCGCAGGUUUGUAAGCCGGAGGAUGUGGAGCCGCAUGAGUGGGUCUUCCAACCUCGCUGCGCAGGUCCGGUGGCAGUGGCUUUCUUCAGUUGUUCCAGUGCAAGGCGCGUGGAGCACCUGAGCGACGAAAGCUUGAGAGCUCGCUUGCUGAGGAUCUUGGCAGAAACCUUCGACUCCAGUGUGAAAGAUCUGGAGGCCUCCCUAUUAGAGCUGAAACGAAGUCGUUGGGAGGCGGAUGAGUUCUCAAGGGGCAGCUAUUCCUAUUUGCCCUGUGGUGUAGCACCUUGGCAACGUGCUUCUUUGGCAGAGCCUCAUGGAGAACGUGUGAUCUUUGCUGGAGAGCACUGUCGGAACGACUACCCCUCGACCCUUCACGGCGCGUACCUGUCGGGCUGCCGGGCAGCUGAAGAUGCGAUUCAGCUGUGUAUGAGAUCCGCGGACGCGGGUGGAUAUAGAUGA